CUUCCCCGUCCUUCGAUCUAUUUAAAGGGGAAGUGGCCUCUUUUUUUCUCCCCCCCCCCCACUCCGCCUUCUUCUUCUUCUUCUUCUUUCCCUCCCCCUUGUCUAGCCUGUCCUAUGGCCUGGCCUUGGUGGUGGAGGAGGGCAGUAGUCAUCAUAAGGACCACGGGGGGAUGGCCGGUCCUGGGUCGUCCCGGUUCCUUUACGACUUGCCCGCCUGGGUCAUGGGCAAGUUCUACGAAAUCAUGGACGCGCUGGGCCAAGCGGAGUGGGAGCGCUUCGCCUCCAGGAUUGUACGAAAUCAGGUAGAACUGCGUCUGUACGCAAAGAAGGACGAGAGGACACGCAAGGUCAUGUGGUCCUGGAUGAAUCGCAAUGCCCGUGUUAGCGACUUGCUCUGGAUCCUUGAUGACUUGGAGCUUUUCCUGGCACGUGAUAUCAUCGCCUCAUGGCAGCCACCAUCAUGCUCCCACAAGCCCAGUGCGAUGUCUUCUCAUCUUCCGCCUGUCUCCCCUAAGCCUCCACCUGUCCCACCUGCUCCAGAUCCUGGUGGCAAUCACAGCAGAGUCAAGACAACGAUGUGGGAACCCCAGAAGGGAACUGCCACACCCACCGCAGAGCCCUCCUUUCCUUCACUGCCUGGCCCCUCUCCCAGCAGCCACCUCAGCAGUAUCAGCCAGAGCAGCUCACCUUUGCCGCCCAUCCCUCUUGAUGUGCAGGAUAAUACCUCCCUUGACUCUCGGUCCGCUGCUAGUGCCUUUGAGUGGCCGUUGAAGGAAUUGCUCCAGGCCACAGGUAACUUUUCCGAGCACCUGAAGAUAGGAGAAGGAGGCUUCGGUUGUGUCUACCAGGCCCGUCUACGCAACACUGUCUAUGCUGUCAAACGGCUUAAAGAGGAAGCAGAAUUGGAAUGGAGUGUAAUAAAGAACAGCUUUACCACAGAAGUGGAAAACCUCUCCCGGUUCCGCCACCCCAACAUUGUAGAGUUUGCUGGUUAUUGUGCUGAGCAGGGAUCCUUUUGUCUUGUCUACGUCUUCCUACCCAAUGGCUCCUUGGAGGACUGUUUGCAUAGACAAGUUGGUCCCUGCCUCUCCUGGGCUCAGCGGCUCCAUGUGGCAGUGGGAGCUGCGAGAGCUAUUCAGUUCCUGCACAGCGAUUCUCCCAGCCUCAUCCAUGGGGAUGUCAAGAGCUCUAACAUCCUCUUGGAUGUAGCGUUGAACCCACGGCUGGCUGACUUUGGACUGGCACGGUUCAGCCGCCGGCCAAAGCAGGGAGGAUUGAGCAGCUCACUGGGCCAGACCCAGACUGUGCGGGGCACACUGGCUUACCUACCCCCUGAGUAUGUCCGGACUGGGACACUUUCUACUGCUAUCGAUGUCUUCAGCUUCGGUGUGGUACUUCUGGAAAUCUUGUCAGGGAGACAACCUAUGGAGGUGGACUCGCAUGGGCGCUGCAAGUACUUGAAGGAUCUGCCAAAUGAAGAAGAGCAGGAAGCCCAUCUGCCAUCCGCCGCAACAUCUUCCAGUCCCUCCCAAGUCUCCCAGCUUGGCACUCAUCUCUACCAGAAGCAUGCAGAUCCUCUGGCUGGGCCCUGCCCAGAGCAACUGGGGGCAACACUUGGCAGGUUGGCAUGCCAGUGCCUCCACCGGCGGGCCAAGCGCCGCCCUCCGAUGGCUGAGGUGUACCAAGAGUUGGAGCGGUUACAGCUGUCCCUAUUUGAGGAGCCUUCUGCCUCUUGCUUGACCCCAAGACAACCGCACACGCCACAGGAAAGUUCAUAUCCCGCUGAGCCUCUCAACCAGCCUGAAGAGAGUGAUGAGAGCUUAGAGGCCAGCUUCGAGUUGCUGAACUGUAGGAGUGUGCCAAGAGGCAGUGACCCCACAGUCCAGCCAGGCUACUCUGCUCCUCAGAUUAUCAUCAACUCUGCACGGAGGCGCAUGAUGGAACGGCUGGCACUCUAUAAAGAUGGGGCAUUAGACAGCCUGGAUGUGCUUGACUCUGCACCCUUGAGGGAAGAGCACAUUGCAGAGCCCUCUCGCGAGCCUGAAGAGAGUGAUGACUUUGAGACGUCCAGUUCACACAGUGAAAGCACACGGUGAAGUGAAGACACAUGGGCAUGGAAUGAUUAAAGUUCUCACAGCGCUGGUAGCACUUUCCUCAUGACAGGUCCCACCCUCCCAUGGGUAGUUGUGCGUGUGUGUGUGUUCCUUAGCGGGUACUGUUCAUCCCACGGAAGUGGCACCACAGGGGUUUCUCUUGGAAUCUGGCAUCAGGCCAGCAAUGUUGCUGAAAUGAGGCGGUGGUAUAUGGAAUAUACCUGAUCAAAGCCUAUACCAAGACUGGAAGGGGUAGAGGAUUAUGUUGCUGGUUUUUACCCUUAUGACACUCCCUACACACACAGUCUCCUCACUACAUUUAUUCUUUUUUCUUGAACUGGUACAAUAAAUAAAAAGUUUUAUAUAUUUGUAA